AUGGAAAAUUCUAUAAAAACUCCGGAAUUGAUAGCUUCCACCGGAAACGUCUACAGCUGCUCCAUUUCCGAAUCGAGGGGCCGCGAGAAUGGAUCCUUAGAUAAACCUCCUGGACAGCUCAGUCCGUCCCCGGAACCGCGAGAAGAAGACGCAGAAUGGAAUUACUUCAAGAGCGCCCAAUGGAGCGCAGACGGCACCUCCCUCCUCACCAACAGCGCCGACAACAAAAUCCGAACCUUCAUCCUCCCCCCUGAUCUCCUCGAACCGCACUCCUCCCCCAUCACCCUCUCACCAUACACAAUCCACGCCAACCCCUCCCCAAUAAACACCCUCGCACCCUACCCAUCCUACACACUCUCCUCCCCCAACACAACACUCUACCUGACCUCCCCCUCUUCCCUCCCAAUCCGCCUCACCAAUUCCCUAUCUCCAACCGCAACGCCCGCAGCUGCAUACCCAUUAGUAUCACCCACAACCGAAGCCUACCAAACGCCCUCCUCCCUCCUCUGGACAAGUCCCACCACCUUCCUAGCAGGCACAGACUGCCUCAUCGCCCUCUUCGACAUCACGCGACCUGGCUCCGGGCCUACACAAUCCCUCCCUACCAUUCCGUCAAAACGGCAUAAGAUGAAAGGCGGGGGCGUUGGAAUCCGUGGUAUUAUCUCCGCACUCUCUCUCCAACCUUCAGCCGGCGAGGAGACUGGCGUCGGUAUGGUCGCAGCAGGAACAUGGACGCGCUGGAUCGGUCUUUACGAUAUGGCUGGGCUCGGCGGGACGGUGGCACAAUGGAGUAUCGCCGAAGCUGCGGAUUCGGUCGCGGGGAUUGGAGGGAUGGGCGUGAGUCAGACUGCGUGGAGUGCGUGCGGACGGUAUUUGUAUGUUGUGGAGCGGAAGAGCGAUGGGGUGUUAGUGUAUGAUAUCCGGGGAGAGCGGAAGAUGUUAGGGUGGUUGGUGGGGAGGCACGCGGGGACGAAUCAGAGGUUGGGUGUUGAUGUUUUUGGGGCGGAUAGGGGGAUGGAGGUUUGGGCUGGGGGAGUGGAUGGAGUUGUGAGGGUUUGGGAGGGAGUGGGUUUGAGUGAGGGUGCGAUGGAGAGGAGUUGGGAGUGGAAGGCUCAUGAUGAUCCUGUGACUUCGACUGUUGUCCAUAGCUCUGGGACUGUUGUUGCUACUUGUUCUGGUCAACGCUCUUUGGGCGUUCAAGAAGCUGAUUUAGAAAGUGAUAGCGAAAACGAUUCCGAGUCGAGCAAUUCGACUGAUCAGUCGAGCUCGGAUUCGGAUUGUUCAUCAAGUGAUUCUGAUGACUAUCACAAGAAGAGUUCUGGCAUCUCACCUCAAACUUCGACACGACCAAGUACGACAAGAGUACCAGAUAAUAGUAUAAAAGUAUGGAAAUUAUGA